UUUUGUAAAGAUUCUGAGCCGUGAUGAAUGUACAAAACAAUAAUUCUGAUGGGGAGAACUACAUAUCACCUUCGAUGAAGCAAGCCUACUACGAGGAGCCAUUUGUCGUGAUGGUCGCUCGCCUAACUUUCGAGGUCAUGUUAGCUUUCGUGGGCCUCGUUGGAAACAUAACGGUAUCAUUUGUGAUAUCGAGACAACGAAAAUUUCGCUCGGGGCUGAAACUUUUCAUCAGGAAUCUGGCAUUGGCUGAUAUUGGGAUCUUGGCUAUCAGUUUUCCAAUUGCCGUGGCGAAAGAGCAACUUCCGCUGCAUUGGCCAUUUGGAAAAGUGGGGUGUCUAUAUUUUUAUCCCUUAGCAGAAGUCUUCCACGGGGUAUCUGUUUGGUCCAUUACCGCUAUAGCUAUUGAACGCUACAGAAAAAUAUCUACCUUUAAUGGAUUUCGUUGCAGCACCUAUAUCUCAACAAAGCCAUUAAAAUGGGUAAUUGUUGUGAUUUGGAUCGUUUCGUUUCUCGUUGUGACUUUUCCGUUGCUUUUCGUGAUGAAUUUUGUGGAAGAUCCUACAGUGACGUACUGUGAUGUCGCUUGGUCUCACACAAUACACAUUGUAUACAUCAUUUCUAUGACAAUCUUUUGGUACCUGCUGCCUCUGGGAAUCAUCGUUUUUACCUAUGCUAAGAUAACCAGACAGCUACAGCACAGCAACAACUUCCACAGAUCAAUUAUUAAACAGCGUUCAAGAGAGAAGAACAUUCGAGAUUCUCAUAUUUCUAUGCGAUUUACGGGAGAGGAAAAGAGAAUGAGGCAGAAUUCGAAGGCAAAGAAAAUUCUCACACCCAUAGUGCUAGUGUUCACGAUCUCGAUGCUUCCACUGAAUUUCCUUCGUGUUUUGCUGGUAUUCUGGAAAGAAUUCUUCUUCGAGAAAUUCUUCUGGAUGAUCUACAACAUCUGUGUUAUCGGUGUUGUAAUUAACUCAGCAUCCGAUCCACUGAUCUAUUCAAUAGUGUCUAAGGAUUUCCGAUUGCAGCUGAAGGAAAUCUCUUCUCGGUUUACCCAAAGGUUGCAUAAUGUCGUUAGGCUAAGAAGGGAUGAUAAAAAUGGCAUUCGUGACAAGACAAUCGGUAUCAAAGGAACUCCUCGAGAAUACAAACUUGACGAAGAAAAAGCAAUUUUCGUUACCACCGUUUAAAAAACCUGCACUUACUGAGAAAACACAAAAUUAGUGAGCGGCAUUAUCGCUAACACUAUAUUCUUGUGCAAAUUUGUAAAUAAACACAUGAUUACUCUAUUAUCUCCAGAUGAUUAUUUCGGUACAAAUUUCAAGCAAUCACAACUUAAGAUCGUUUUACGUGAUGUCAAUACCAUGUCAUUAGAGAACAUUUCUUUCAUGCCUAAGGACUUUCAAGUGGUAAAUCUUGAACAUGCUGAAGUGUUUGACAAGCUGAUUGCGAAAAUGUAAAGAGCAAAACAGGUAUCUGCGACAUCUCUGUCAUUAAGGAUGCCGUCAGUGACAGGGAACAGUCUGGAUGUUGCACCUGGCGAGAUCGACUUUGUUGCUAAUAGCUCAUUUCGUCCUUUCACUCUCGGUGACCAAAGACGAGUUUCUCCUUACGACACCUAAUUAAUUUAUCUACAAAAACUGGGGCAAAAAGGAAACUUAGUAACCAUUGGAUCACCAAAAUCUCAGAGCGAAAAUUAUAAGAGAUGUGUGACGUACAUUGCAAACAAUAUUAACAUUGAUCUUCGGAGUGAAACGGAGGGGUUCAUGACGAUAAAAAUUCCUACACCAUUCCAAACUGGAAUAUAUGACCAGAAAUACAUGUAAUUUGUAAAUUUGAGGACUUUCAAAGCAAUCUGUUUUCACUAAUUAAGAUUGGUUACAACAGCUUCUCUGAUUCCUUCACGGGGAACGAAAUAUUUCCCGAUAAAAGCAGUCAGAAGCGGGGGACUUUGAUCACCUUUUCGAUUUAUCUAUUUUAGAAGAUACGCACAAGGAGAUAGGGAACUUCUUGUAAGAUAUCUUCCAAACUGUGCACAAACAGAAGCCUUCGUAAGCUCAUUCCCAGAAUCUGUUCAGUCCAGACACUUUCGUGAACGAUAAAUCGAUCCAAAGAUCGACUUUGGUUACGUACUAUGUAAAAGAACAUGACAUAAAAUCCAUCUCACUCUAGUAUAGCAGACAUGAGGAUGGGGA